AUGUUCUUCAUUCUAUUUGCAAUACUGGCUCUGGUACUCCCGGUACCCGCCAUAUCAUCCAGCAACGGCACAUGCACACCCGAGACAAUUCAGACACGUAUUGAAUGGGCGAAUAUGGCAAACGCUGACAAGGAAUUCUACCUGAAGGCAGUAAAUUGUCUUAUGCAGCUGCCUGCUCAGACAGGUAUAAAUGGUACAGUCACAAGUUGGUGGGAUGAAACCCGCGACGCAGGCAAUUUCAUGGGCUCACCGCUCCUUGAUCCUCACACAGGAUUUGGUGGGAAUGGGACCGAUCCAGAUGGAUGUGUUAUUGAUGGUCCUUUUGCAAAUACCACUCUUCACAUUGGUCCGGGCCAAACUUUGAAGGACCAUUGUUUAUCCCGCUCAGUUAACGAGAAGAAUAGCACCCUCGGCAACGAAACCUAUGUUCAGCAAUGCCAUAAUAAAAGCAGCUACCGCGACUUUUGGGAGGCGACCGGUUUCACAACCCAUGGCGCUGGUCAUAGUGGAAUCGGCGGAGUCAUGGGAGAGAUCGAUGCAAGUCCCGGAGACCCGCUCUUUUAUCUCCAUCACGGUUUUGUAGAUCGUCUUUGGUGGAAGUGGCAGUCCGAAGACUUUGGCAAUCGCCUAUAUCAACUAGGCGGCCCUUCCACGCAGGGAGGAUAUGAAGAGUUGACUCUAGACUACGUUAUGACUACCUACGGCAUUCGUCCGAACGUUACUGUCAGGAAUGUCAUGGACAUCCAGGGCGGAUAUCUCUGCUACAGAUAUGACUACUAA